CGGCACCCUUUUCUGCGAUAAAAAAAAACCCGCGACUCUGGUCAGAGAGAGGGAGGGAGAGAGCGAGCUAGAACCGGCAGGAAGACAAGACAGAGGGAGCGGAGCCGCCGGUAACGUAGGCGGCGGGGGCCAUGGCGGGCCGUGUGGCGGGGCGAGGCGGGAGGCCGCUGCUGGGCGGAAGCGGCGGGGGCGGGAAGCGCGGCGGGAGGCCGUCGAUGGCGGUCGUGGCGGCGCUGCUGCUGGCGUGCGCGGCGCUGCUCCUGCUCCUGGCGCUCGGCGCGCUAUCGCUGCCCGGGGCCUCCGACGGCUCCGGGGGCCGCGGCGUGGGGCUCGCGCGCCCGCGCCCGCGCUCGCACUUCCGCAGAUCCACCUUCGACUCGGGGCUAGAGAUGCGUGGGGAGAAGGGGGAGCCGUGGACGGAGGUGCUGUCGUGGGAGCCCCGCGCGUUCGUGUACCACAACUUCCUCUCCAAGGAAGAAUGUGACCAUUUGAUUUCACUGGCAAAGCCUCAUAUGAAGAAGUCAACAGUAGUUGAUUCAGCAACUGGAGCGAGCAAGGAUAGCAGAGUGCGGACAAGUUCAGGAAUGUUUCUUAGAAGAGGGCAGGAUAAAAUUAUUCAGACAAUUGAGAAAAGGAUAGCAGAUUUCACCUUCAUACCUGUAGAGCAUGGUGAGGGUCUUCAAGUCCUCCACUAUGAAGUUGGGCAGAAGUACGAGCCUCACUUUGAUUACUUCCAUGAUGAUUACAACACCAAGAAUGGAGGCCAGCGUAUAGCCACUCUUCUUAUGUAUCUUUCGGAUGUUGAAGAUGGUGGCGAGACUGUGUUCCCUUCAUCGACAACAAACAGCAGCUCUUCACCAUUUUAUAAUGAGCUGUCUGAAUGUGCAAAGGGCGGUCUAUCUGUUAAACCAAAGAUGGGAGAUGCGCUUCUGUUCUGGAGCAUGAAGCCUGAUGGAUCCAUGGAUUCCACAAGCCUGCAUGGUGGGUGCCCAGUGAUAAAAGGCAACAAAUGGUCAUCGACAAAGUGGAUGCGCGUUCAUGAGUACAAAGCUUAGAUACAAGAAGACACAGACCUGAGGUCAUGCACCGGUUCAAAUUCGUGGACAUUUUGGCACAUGUCGAGGGUUUCGAUUUUCCAUAGAGGAUUAAUUUACACUUCUUCUUUUCUAGCUGUUACGGCAAUGUCUUAGGCUCCGUGUUGUACAUUAACAUGUUAUUAGGCUGAUGAACAUAAACCUGAUGAUUCAGAGAUGGACGUCUUCGGUGUAUACUGCCAUUGCCCCCUGUUCAAAUCAAGAUAGGAUGUCUUAUUGAUGUUGAUGAAAAGAUUUCUUUGUGUGUA